AUGUAUCUGAGGCCCAAGGAUGGAGAGCCGCCAAGGAGGGUCAUCUUGUCGGACAAGGAAAGGGAUGCUGUGCUGACGGAGGUCCACGCCGGUCACUUUGGAGGGAAGCGCCUAAUGGGCAAGAUCUAUCAGCGCUUCUUCUGGCAUGGCAUUGUUAAGGACGUGGAAGACUGGGUCCGUACCUGCGUGCCUUGCCAGAAGUUCGAGAAGGUGAAGACCGUGGCACCAGAGCUGAAGCUUGUGUCACCUUGGUACAAGAUCGUGUGGACCUCAUCUGACCGUUCAAGGUCUCAUCAAGGUAUGGGAAUCGGCACUGUCUUACCGCAACUGAUUUUCUUCACUCAGUGGGUGGAGGCCAUUCCUAUCAAGGACAAGAAGGCAGUGGCAACAUCCCAGGCCAUGAUGGACAUCUUCCACGCCCAUGGUGCACCUGAGGUCAACCAGAUCUUGUCCGAGAAGUACGGGACCAAGCACCGACUCACCUCAGCCUACCAUCCCCAGACCAACAGACUGGAUGAGCGGACCAACCAGACGCUGAAGAGGGCCAUUGGCAAGUCUCUGGAUGGGCACCAGGAACGGUGGGAGGAUAACCUUAAGAUCACAGGAGACCUUCCUCUUGUGGAGGUUGAUAGGGAUGAUGAGGGCACCGUUGCAGACUACCUCCUGGUCAGGGCUGAGACAGAUGAGGAGGUUUUUGACAAGGCCAGUGUGUUUGGAGAGGUGCUGGACCACCAGAAUAGUACCUACUCAGUCCGGUUCACCCUGCCCUGGGUCGGCCUGGCGUCGGUGGCAGUCCGCCUGAUUCACUCUAGCGAGGCCGUGCAGGCCCUCAGGCGGCACAGGAGCACAGAUUCCGACCGUGUCUUCUUCCAUGGCUACUAUGUGGGCAGUGACCCCCAGGGUGCUCAAGUGGAGGAGAGGGUGGUGUGCAACAUCAAGUGGGAGGGGGUGGUGCUGAGGUCGGAACAGAAGGACUGCUGCUGUGAGUACCAGGAUGCCCACAUCAGGGUGACGUGGAAGUGCCGCAAACCCCAAACUCUGCCAUGCAGCACCCUGGUGUACCACUCCAUAGGUGGCUACACAAAUCACAUGACAGCCCUCGAAAAGGUACUCAUGGACAGUCAACAUGUGAACCGGUGGCUCAAGGGGGAUUCACGCCUGAUUAGAGUGAUGGCCUCCAAUGCAACCAUUGAUUUAGCAAAGGAUGACGCGACCCAGUGUCUGAAGGACAAGCACAUCUACAUGAUGGGAGACUCCACCAGCAGACAGUGGUUUGACUACCUCAUCCUGGCUGUGCCUAGUAAGAUACACAAAUAUCACACAGGGCUGUUCACAGGAGAAGAUUUAGUUCUCUCUUUAAAGAUGUUUACAUUUCAGGGACUGAACUGUACUGGCACCGUAAAGGACUGCUCAGCAUGGUUAUCGUCAAACUACAUGAGCAAUGAGAUCGACAACUUGGCCGGCGGCCUGCACACCGUCAUCGUCUUCAACAUUGGGGUGCACUUCACCAACUUCCCGAUCUCCUACUACGCCUACCGGGUGGCGCGGGUCCGCCGCGCGGUCGUGUCGCUGCUGAGGCGGGCGCCGGAGACUAAGGUCAUCAUCAAGUCCGCCAACACGGGGUGCCAGGUUAGCACCCUUCUCUUACCACAUUCACUGGAAUACCACAGGGGGCAGUUUAGACUCACAUGUAAGUGUGUGUUUCCUUAUGUGUCUGUCUCUGUGUGUAUAUCCUUGUGUGAAUGAGU